AUGGAUAGCGGCUGUGUCGGCGAUUCGGCUGAGGGUGUGUCGGCGUUGUCGAGCCUUUUGAGCUGCCAGUCCGUGAAUCCGCUGUCGCUGCGGCUGCACGUGCAGGGCCGGCGUCUGUUCGGCAGCAUCCGACACCAUCACGCCCAGGCGCUGCUUUCGCGCAUUUUCCGAACCGUGGACGGCCUGGUGGAGGCCCUGGAUGACUCCCAGCUGGAGCGUGUGUCGGCGUUUUUGAGCGACGUGCCUUCUGACGCGUCGUCCUUCCAGUCCUUCGUGCGCCGCCUGCUCGGCGAUGCUUCGGAAUCUGGCUCCAUACCCUGGUUGUUGCAAAAUCUGCACGGGAUUGAUGGCAUCGAGAGCUUCGUGGCCAGUCUGGAGUCCGACUGGGCUCUCUUAUCGCAACUAACAUCGGACCCCUCGCCGGACGGCUACGCAAAGAUCGCUCGUGCGGACCCCGAGUGCGCCGGCGCCGUGUUACGGGACCACCGGUCGUCUGUAGGAGCCGUGUCAGACGACGACCUUGCGGCUUACACCGCGUUCAGUCAGUCCGACUUCCGGCAGGUGCGUCUGCGGAACUUCGUGAAGAUCCACCAGGUGGGCCAGGGCGCGUACGGCGACGUCUGGCUGGCCGAGGACAUCGUGAACAAGGUGCCUGUGGCGCUGAAAAAGCUGAAGCUGAACGAGGACCGGGAGGGGUUCCCGAAGAGCGCUAUUCGUGAGAUUGUGCUGCUCAACACUCUGAAGCACCGGAACAUCGUGAAUCUAUUGGGCAUUGCGCAUUCCCGAUCAGACGGCGAAUCCGGGAAGGACCAUGUGUGGAUGGUGUUCGAGUACCUGCCCUUCGACCUCAGCGGGUACAUCGAGGCGCUGCGCGACCCCAGUGAGAAGCGCGACAAGUUGACCAAGCCGCUGAUGUGGCUCUCCAUCGGCGAGAUAAAGUCGAUAAUGCACCAGCUGCUGCGCGCCGUCAGCUUCUGCCAUCGCAACAACGUGCUGCACCGCGACCUCAAGACGGCCAACCUGCUGAUGAAGCACGACGGCACCAUAAAGCUGGCUGACUUCGGCCUCGCCCGCGUGUGCCCGACUGGCAAGGGGAUGCUGACUAACCGCGUGGUCACCUUGUGGUACCGUCCGCCGGAGUUGCUGCUGGGUAGCGACAACUACGACUCCGGCGUGGACAUGUGGAGCGUCGGCUGCAUCAUGGCUGAGCUGGUCUGCGGCACGCACAUCUUCGCUGCGGACAAGGAGCCGCUGAUCCUGAAGCUAAUUGCCGAGCGUCUGGGGCUGCCGACUGAGUCGGACCUCAAGUUCCUGAAGACGCUUCCGCUGUGGAACGAGCCGCUGGCGAAUCCGCUCCACCCCGAUCGUCAGGGCACGAUCGUGCCGCGCAAGAAGGAGUUCGAGAAGACCUUCAAGAUCACGAACGAGCUUGGCGACGAGGGUUGGGAUUUCAUGCGUCAGCUGUUCGCGUGGACCCCGGGGAAUCGCAUCUCUGCGCGCAAGGCGCUGCAGCACCCGUGGUUCAGCGUCGAGCCGCUUCCGUCGGGGCUCAUCAGCCGCGCCAACGUCAAGGCUGCCCACAGCUUCAUGACGAAGAACCAGCGCAAGCGCGAGUCCCAGAAGCAGCCGCUGAAGCGCCAUGAGUACGUGAAAUACGCGAACACGGGGCACAUCCGCAAGGCGCUGGAGAAGCAGCGCGCCAACGCUCAGGAGAAGCAGGCUGCCUUGAACGCAAAGACGUAA